AUGGUCCAGCAGAGCAGGAUGGCCAGGACCCCGUCCAGCUCAACACAGGAGAUCCAGAUGGACGUGUUAGAGGGCCACAGUCUGCAGGCUAAAUAUAAGAGAAAAAGUCGGUUCAAGCGUUCAGACGGAAGUACCAGCUCCGACACCACCUCUAACAGCUUUGUGCGGCAGGGAUCAGCAGAGUCCUACACUAGUCGUCCGUCCGAUUCUGAUGUGUCCCUUGAAGAAGACAGAGAGGCUUUACGAAAAGAGGCAGAACGCCAUGCUCUAGCACAACUGGAAAAAGCAAAGACCAAGCCGGUAGCUUUUGCAGUACGGACGAAUGUAGGAUAUAACCCGGCCCCUGGAGAUGACGCUCCAGUGCAAGGGAUGUCCAUCAACUUUGAUCCCAAAGACUUCCUUCACAUCAAGGAGAAAUAUAAUAAUGACUGGUGGAUUGGGCGAGCAGUGAGGGAGGGCUGUGAGGUUGGUUUCAUCCCCUCUCCUGUCAAGUUGGAACAUAUGAGAAUGCUACAGGAACAGAAGAUACGACAGAGCCGGCUCAGUACCAGUAAAUCCAUUGGGAAUUCGAACAGUCUAGGUGAUGUGGGUGGUGGCACCCGUAGACCAACUCCGCCAGCAACAGGUCCUUUGGAAACUCAAUUAGUUUAUGAUUUAGAUGCGGUUGAUUUAGAAUAUGAUGAGCCAGAACCUCAUUCAGUCCAUCAAACACCCCACACCAGCACGGGGAGCGUAACAACUCCCCCGUCCGCUACCAAACGUGUCCCUUUCUUUAAGAAGACUGAGCACAUCCCUCCAUAUGACGUGGUUCCAUCCAUGAGGCCAAUCAUUUUAGUUGGACCCUCACUGAAAGGAUAUGAGGUCACAGAUAUGAUGCAGAAGGCUUUGUUUGAUUUCUUGAAGCAUCGCUUUGAUGGAAGGAUUUCCAUCACUCGGGUCACCGCAGACAUCUCUCUCGCCAAACGUUCCGUCCUGAACAAUCCCAGCAAGCACAACAUCAUGGAGAGGUCUAACACACGCUCCAGUCUUGCGGAGGUGCAGAGUGAGAUUGAGCGCAUUUUUGAGUUGGCUAGAACGCUGCAACUGGUGGCACUUGACGCUGACACAAUUAACCACCCAGCCCAGCUGGCCAAAACUUCACUGGCACCAAUUAUUGUGUAUAUUAAGAUCACUUCUCCUAAGGUAUUACAUAGGCUGAUAAAAUCCAGAGGGAAGUCUCAAGCAAAGCAUUUAAAUGUACAGAUGGUGGCAGCAGAUAAACUGGCUCAGUGCCCUCCGGAAAUGUUUGACAUCAUUCUGGAUGAGAACCAGCUGGAAGAUGCAUGUGAGCACCUGGCAGAAUAUCUAGAAGCCUACUGGAAAGCAACUCAUCCAGCGAGCAUUAACCCACCCAAUCCACUGCUCAACCGCACCCUUGCCACAGCAGCCCUGGCAUCCAGCCCUGCGCCCGUCUCUAAUCUCCAGGUGCAAGUCCUCACCUCACUAAAGCAGAACCUGGGAUUAUGGGGAAGUCGGGGUGAAUCAGGGUCAAGCUCUAGGAUGGAUGAGCAUGCUGUGUAGUUUUGGGGAACAGAUAAGUCAGGGAGCAGCACAAUAUAUCUUCACGAUUGCCCUGACAGGGACAUAGCUACUGUAUUAGGAGACGAUUAUCUCCUAUGUUAAAGGGGACAACAUCCAAGCCAUUAGCUUCCAUCCUGUUUACAGAGCACACUGCAAGCCAUGUAAAGAUACCUUACAGUGUAUAGAAACCUCCUUUUAUUUAUGUCCUUUAGGAAAUUCAUAGAAUCCCAAUGACAGAUAUUAAGUACAUAGAGCAGAAAAUAUAGUGGCACUAGUCUUUGACAUUGGUGGAACUUCCUGCUUCUGCUAUAAACCAUUAUGCUGCUUAACACGUUCAGGCUUUUUGAUGCAGUUUUUGAAGCCAAAAUCAUGUGUGGAUCAUAACCAGAGAGAAAGUAUUAAGGGCAGAUACAACUUCUCUACUUUUUUCAAUCCACUCCUGGUUUUGGCUUCAAAAACUGCAUUAAAAAACCUGAACGUGUGUCAGCACCCUUAUCAUUUCAGCUCAUCUCAAACCACAGCAGUGCCCGACAUCAGCCCCCUGCCCCAUAUCUGACACCACCUGUUUACACUUGCAGUUCCAUCCGACAGUCAUAGGCCGUGUUUGUACUUGAUAAAUAUUAAAAUUGU